GUGAUCUCUCCCAAAAAGGUUCGUACAGCAAUUGAUACCAUGAAAACACGCUCAAAGCCCCCAAAGUCCUCAACUUCUAAGGAGGUAGAGGCGACCACACAGCAAACAACCGCAUCCUUACCAGCGUGCGUCGAUAAUCCGCCUAUACCUUUCGUUCUGCCAGAAGGUCUCUCCGAGAAUGCGCGCAUAGUCACCCUGGCAAAUCCAGCUACUACGUCUCCCAACCGCUAUCUUUUCUGCCCAAGCAAAGGUUUCUAUGAGUUCACAAGGAUCGCUGCACCGAAGAGGUUACCGAGGAGCUGGCUCUUCAGUCCAUCGCAAAAUGGUCCCGUGGACGUAGCGAGUGUAGAGGGAGACUGUAUAAAAACGAGUAAAGAUGAGGAUACAGGAAAGCCUGUGCCAUUUUCGGAUGGUUACGUGACUUCAGCACCCGACUUGAUGAUAGCAACCCAUAUGGAUCCGUUAUUCCUCUUACUUCCAGUUCUGGCGCCUUCCGCGAAAGUCAAAGCACCUCAGAAACAAAUGUUCUUAUCCUUAGACGACCAUCUCGAGAAACUCAGCGAUUCGUCUCGGCACCUCAAAUUCUUGUUGAAUAACGUAAAAGCAAGGGAAAUUCUAGAGAAGCGGAUGGCUGCUGUAUGCGACGAUGUUGAUGCAGGUGGUGAGCAAAUGUAUAGAUUAUCAGACGAAAAGUUGGUUCAAGAGCUACUGUCCAAGGCAAAGAGGAUGACGGAUAAUGGCCUUCCCGCGUCCUUGGAGGAGAAAUACGUUCGCCUUGUAUUGCAGAUACCGGUCCUCAGUGUUAAGCGAGAGGACAGCUCUACGAGCGUAGAAGUAUCACAAGCAGACAACCUUAUUGAUACGGAGGGCACGCGGACGCCUUCCGACACCAGUGCAGAAUCACAACUGUCGACCGAUUCUGCGCUCAGCACAGAAACCGUAGCGACCUCUGUGUCAAUCAGCACUGCGACGUCCGCAUCCAAGACCCCACUUAUCGAAGCCCCCGAAGGUAUACCCGAUCUCCUGCGCCUUAAAACAGCAUUCUCCUUUAUCCUCUCAUCCUAUGUCCCAUGUCAUCUCCAUCCUACUCUCACAUCCCACCUCUCGAGCCAGAAGGCUAUCGACUUCAGCCCCCUCGAUGCGCAUCUAGCUCACAUCGCCAGCUUGCGCGAGAAGGCCCAAGCCCUGCGCUCCAUCACCGAUAACAUCAGCCGUAAGCGCGCAGCGGACGACGAUGAUGAGGCCGCGGCGUUGCGCGCUGAGAAAAAAUUGAAAAAGGAAGAAGAAGAACGAAAAAAGAAGUCCGAGAGCCGGGGUGUGAGAGACCUGAAGAAGGUGAAUACAGCUGGGAUGAAGAAACUGAGUUCGUUCUUCACGAAGGCCCCGGCAAAGAAGUGAAUGGUCGAGUGAUGUUUAUUGCUCCGGGUACAUGGGAUACUUUAGUGCACUCCUCACUCGUACAUUGAUGGUAUGAGGCCU